GGGGAGGAGAAGGCAGAGUGAUUAACUCGCCCACUGUGCAAGGUUCUCCCCUAUUUAAUGGGGAUCUCUGACAAGGCCAAGUCACAGGCACCUCCAAGACAGCAGCAGCAUGGCAGAUGACCUGGAGCUGGGCUUUGGGGAGGCAGCCAGCAUGGAAAUGCUGUCCAAGAAGGGUUGUGGUCGUGGGCCCAAGGCCAGAGCCAGGCUGGGAGCCAGGAGCAGCAGCGUGUGCUGCCUUCUCACCUGCUGCCUGGUGUCGCUCCCCAUCCUCACGGCGCUCACAGCCUACCUGCUGGUCAGCCAGCUCUGGGCCCAAGGCGAUGACUGCGUACAGUUCCAGCAGGCUGUAAAAGGACAGAGGUUUGGGCCUUCACAUCAGCGAGCAUACAUGCCACUCAGGGAUGACAGAGAUAAGCCGAGGGCACACCUGACAGUUGUGAGACAAACUCCUACACAGCACCUGAAAAAUCAGUUCCCAACCCUGAACUGGGAACAUGAACUAGGCUUGGCCUUCACCAAGAACCGGAUGAACUACACCAACAAAUUCCUGGUCGUCCCAGAGUCAGGAGACUACUUUGUUUACUCCCAGAUCACUUUUCGAGGAACCACUUCUGAAUGUGGUAACAUCAGCCCAGGAAGACAACAGAACAAGCCAGACUCCAUCAUUGUGGUCAUUACCAAGGUAACAGACAGCUACCCCGAGCCCGCCCAGCUCCUAACAGGGACCAAGUCAGUGUGUGAAAUAAGCAGCAAUUGGUUCCAGCCCCUGUACCUUGGAGCCAUGUUCUCCUUGCAGGAAGGGGACAAGCUGAUGGUGAAUGUCAGUGACAUCUCUUUGGUGGAUUACACAAAAGAAGACAAAACCUUCUUUGGAGCCUUCUUGCUAUAGGAGCAAAGCAGACAUUACUGCAUGAAGGAGCCAUGCCUCCAGGUUCCCCGUUCUCUUCAUUCAUAUGCAAUUAUAGCCAAGAGUGUUCUGGGUCAGGGAUGGGGUAUUCCACAGGGAGAGUGGUUUAGCUAUGAAAUUUAUAGCCCUUAGACUUACACUGUAUAUGCUUUCCUGAUGAGAAUACUAAUUGAGAAAAAAAGCAGAAGAGAAGAGGCAGAGUAUUGUGUUGAGUCUCUAAACAAUGAUUGCCAAGUGAAUGCAUGAUCUACUCAGGUCAAGAUUUGAAGGAGAAUAUUCCCACACCUUCCUGUCACACUCUUGUCACCAGUAGUCCAGUUAUUAUUCAAUUUGAUCAUAAAUUUGCUUCUGUGCAGAAGCUUUGAACAGCAUCCACAGAAAGUCCAAGAAAAUAGUUUAAACCCUCUGGAGGCAAAAAUCUUUUAUCAGUAUUUCCAUGUACUUUCAAGCCUAGCCUAAAAAAAUGAAAAGAGCUGAUACUUUUCAUGAAUGUUCUCCAAAAAAGGAAUUGAUUUUCACGCCAUAUAUUGCCUAUGAGAAAAGCUACCUUUCCUUUGAUUAUGUACACAGGUGUCAAAAUAAGCAAGCAUGAGUUCCACAUGCAUAUCAAAAAUACAGCAAUAGCAUAUAUUCAACACAGCUUUCUUGGGUACUUAUUCUGGACACUAGUUCAACCCAGAGGACACUGAAGAGCAAGACAGAUUCUACACAAAGCUUCUAGAAAAACCACUGAUGCUUCCUGGUUAAACAUCAAUCAACUUAUGUUCUCCAAAGAACAACUUCAAGUCUGAAAAACAUUAUCAUCUAAAACUGUUAUUUCUGGCACUGUCCUGGGAAAGCUGUCCAACAGGUCACUCACAAAACACAUUUCUAGUGAAGCAGACCAACUGAACAAGAAACCACGGACUUACUCUCUGGAGAGGAAAAAGAUGUCAAUCAUCAAACCUGGAGAAGUUUCCAUAGGUCUGCUUUGAAGUUUAAUUUGCAACUUUAUAUUCUGAGUGUUUUGCAAGUAUUUUUCCCUUAAAAUAUCCAAAGGGAUUUGAAUGUAGAUUUGCUAAUUAUCCCAGUCAAGUUCUUCUCCUGAGAAGAGAGGCUGGACACUGUGCUAUAGAGGGCUCAUGUCUUCUGGUCAGAUUGAUUUUCCUGCACCACUGUAUCAAGGGCAGGAGGGCUGGUUCUGCUCUCCUUAGCCUCUAUUGACUGGUUUGUAAAGCAAGAAUCCGACAAUUUGAUUCCUGGGAUCAAAUGAGCUCAUUGGAAUGAAACAAGUUAACUUUCUGCAUUCUGUGUAGUCUGAGAGCAGUUGAGUGUGAUAUAGCCAAGUACCUCCAGUACCUUCUUCUCUAUCAUAAAUGCUCCCUAGCAUGGAAGACCUUACAGAUGGGUCUGAGAGUGAACCUGGUCCUUUAAUCACUCUUACUCUGGUUGCCAGGAAACUUACAGAGGCAGAGAGACGUGUGCUGUGAUUCCUGAACAUAGUGACUGAUUGAGGAGUAGUAGUAGUCCUUGAUCAAUACUUGUUGACUAUCAAUUAAGACAAGUUAAUUUCAGGUUCCUCAGUGGAGAGGGUGAGACUCUCAGUGUAUUUUCUGACCUCUGCUAGGUUAGAAAAUAGCUCCUUACCUUCAGCCUCCCAAAACAGCACAACACUCGAUAAGCGCCCAGGGAAGGGUGCGGUCACCUCCACGUGGCUCUCCAGAGUCUUCAUAGAGGAAGUGAAGCCUGAAAGAAGGUGGGCAGCCCCAAGAUGAUCACGGGGAAAGGGUAUCUCAAAAGGAGGAAUUACCCUUUGCUUAAAGCAGAAAAGAGAGGUUUCUCACUAACUCCAAAACUAGCUUGACAAGAGAAUGUGCCCUCAACCCACCCUGAGAAAAAUAUGUAUUGGUAAACUCAGAAUGCUACAUCAUUCUCUAGCCUGGCUCCAAGAUCAAAAUUAAUAUCCCAUUAAGGGAAUUAAAAUGUCCUGUCUGCACUUGUCUCCAGGGUGCAUGAGAGCAUCAAGCAACUUAGACUUACAGGAAAGGAUUUGCACAGAAGAGGCUGGAUUUUCACUUUCUCCACUAAAAGGAGGCCUAUCCCAAUGGCCUUCAAACCUGCCCACAGGGGAUCUGGUGGAUUUGGAAGUUCAUCCAACACAGAAAUGUCCUCAUAUCCUAAGACAUUGAAGGCAUUGGGAAAAUCUUUAGGAUGUCUUUAUUUUGUUGAAAAAUGUAGCUCAAGUCUUUAUUGUUGGUUUUGUUAAAAUCUUAAACAAUGUAUCUUUUUCUGUAUAAAAAGGUACAGCCAAACAUUCCUAAAAGAACUCAAGUCAGAGCUUCUGUCUCGAAGGCAGUACCUCCAUAGCGGACAUUACUGCACUCUUUGAAAGCAAGGUGGAAAAAUGCUUUUUAAGAACAUGUGAUGAUCCCCUAAUCAUUAGGGGCUAAUGAGAAGUAUUUGAGGAUUUGGGAGAAAGGGAACAUGCCUUAAAAAAAUACCUAAUCUAGAAGGGGAAAUGCUUUGCUGGCUAAAUGUCUCUCAAAAAGCUGAACUCAGAUCAAUUCCACAAACAUUUACUGACUACCUAAUCACCCUGGGGACACAGAAGUAAAUUAUCUUAGUCUAGACUUGUUCUUUCUAACUGCUCAGCAUCUCCAUUGUCUCCAGAUCUUUUAAUUUAUUUUGUUUGUGUUAGGUAAUCCAUUAGCUAACUUGAGGCACCUGGGUGUUCUAUUACUGUGAAAACGAGUGUCACUUGAUGAAGGAGUACCAUUAACAAAGUGAUGUGUAUUUACUCUAAGUGUUUUUGUUUAAUAGCUACUCAAGGACAGUUUUUCAGAAGUAAAUAAGGGAAAAGAAGCAAAGAUACUGUCCUAUGGUGGAACCCAUUCUUUAAACUACAAGUAUCAAGAGGUUAUUUGCUAGUCUCCAGUUUGGUUUUCAACAUUCUUAAAAAGAUUUGAACUUUUUGGAUGACCCAAGAGACCUUGAAAUAUGUUUGUCAGCAAUACGAAAAACGUGAUCAAAAUUCAUGGGUCACUCACGUUUUGAUCUUAGCAUGCUUCAGAUCUAUGUGGGAGAAGAGAAUCGGUAGGUUACUAAAAUUUCUAGUUUGUUUUUUUUUAACUAAAGUACAACAGGGAAAAAAAGUGUAUCUUUUCAUUUCCUGAAACAUCUCAGGUUCAAUUCAAUAACAGGGCAUUCCAGAACCCCUGGCUUCAUUUCAAUCUAAGUUAUGUCACCCAGGAGGAAAUUCCAACUCUAUGCUUGUCAAUAAUCCCUCUGGAUGAUAAAAGUUCAACUAGCCUACUAUGCACAAGGCAUGGCUUUUGCCAGCAUUCUCUUGGAAGGUAUUUUCUCAAGUGCUUACUCAAUCCUGUUUCCAUGAUUGUGACAUUGGGGAUUAAUUUUUAGGACAGGUCUAUUUAUACUGUGGGCCUUGCAAAACACAUGCAGAUGUCUUUUGCCUUCAAAUUUCCUGCUCUUUUAAAGCUGAAGUGCUGGAAUCGUUUUUCCAUUUUCAGCAGAAUUUUCUUUAAGUGUACAUUAUUAUCCUGGAUAUUAAUACCAUUGUAUCAUAUUGGAAACUAUGCCUUUGGAAAAUUCAGUGAACUCUUAACUCUAGAAUCAUUUUGUACCAGUGGUAAGAGUGUAAUUCAGAACAAACACAUUCAUGCCUGGCCCCACCCUAAUAACCUUGUUCACCACUUCCCAAGCUCUGAGAUUCACUUGCUUCCAUCUCUUCCAUAACCCUAUUUUAACAAGAAAAUACUAUAUCAGCCUGAAUAGAAGUUACUUGUCCUGUACCACACAAUGGGUUGAUGGCAGAUCUAAAACUGGAUUUCUGUCUUCCUAACUCAUAAUCCCAGACUAGUUCAAUUCUCCUCUAUUCUUGACAAAUACCAUCCAAUGCAAUAAGACAAAAAAUUAAAGAAAGACAGAAAUAUCCUCUAAUACCAGGGGGCAAUAUAGAAGGGAGAACAGAUGUUGCCCAUGUAUCCCCAGAGGAAAGAGAUGGGAAUGAAAAGCUUUGGAUCCAGGACCAGCCUCUUUGGCCUCAUACCCAUAUGAUUUUCUCCUCCCACAUAGAAGCUUUCCAGGUAGUGAUUUCUCAGGCAUAGGAGAUAUUCAAGCCAAGGGCUUAUCAACAAGAGUUUGUAGAAGCCAUUCUUUCAUUUAGGUGGCAGAAGUGACUGAGCCAAAGGAUUUCUGAGGUCUUUUCCAAAUCUGUGACUGUGUAACCAUCUUUUACGUGACUUGUGUGCAUUCUAUUUGCUUUUGAAGAGCCUGGCAGCCUUGACAAGGGCUCAGUGGUUCCCAGUCUAUAAGCAGCUGUCAUUUCUCACUUGUUCACACAAAGUGACUCUGAGAUCUUGGCCAAUAGAGAAAAGUCAUGGGAUUCGAGAGCUGACAUAAUCUACAGAGUUUAUCUCUUCCAAGUUACAUCACUUCAAAGAUGAAGAAAAUCAGGCUGAGAAAGAUGACAUAAGUGGCCCAAGGCCAGACAGUAGCUAGUUGGAGUACUGAAUCUAGAGUUCCCAUCCUCUGACACCACGCCCAGCAGUCUCUCAACCUGUUUUGGAGUAGCUGUCACAUAACAGCACUCACCUAGAUGCUGGCCAGCUGAGAGGAACAGUGACAGGCAAGUCUGGCUCUCCCAAUAUGUAUGCGGGAAGAAGGGGAUAUGUAAUUCAGAGUAGCUGAAUUUAAAUGAUUUUAUUUUUAAAGUCAUUAAAAUAUUUUUCCCCUCUUUGUUUCGGGGGUAUAUAGAUUGAACAAAUGAAGGUGUUUAUGUGAUUUUAGUGGUAAGCCCCAUGUGCUUUUAUUGAUUUUGUUUUAUGUUAAAACGCCACAACCCCAAGGUAAAAUGCAUAUUGUAUGUUGUCGGGUAUGUAAUUAACUGGUAUGCGUCCCACGUCUACGGGCACUACCACAUGAAUUCCAAUCUCUGUAAAUGAAAGGUUUUAUAUGUUAAUGUAUUUCAUAGAUGUAACUUAAUAAACUGGCGCUGAAGGCUAACAGAUUUUGGCAAUUAAGUCAAUUCUUUCUGUUAAUCUCUGCAUUUAUUUUCUGUUAGGACCUAAGGGAAACCUCUUGGAAUUUUAAAAGUACAUCUAGUGCUCCAUAUUCUUGAAUGCAACUGAUUUUCACAGGUUAUAAUAAACCUAUUUUUAAAAAUUGAUUGUGAAACACCACAGGUUAU